UUGCCGCUUACGUCAGAUGCGUCAUUAGCCAUUUUGGUGGUGAGGGAAUAUUGCUGCAAUAAAUCUCCAAUAAUCGCGCCUGCUGCGUUAAAAACGCGUUGUUGUUGACGGAGGACCGGUUUUAUUUCCAGUGUUUGUGUCGCGGGAAUCAUGUCGGAGAAUCCGGACACGGACAGCCUGGAGCUGGAGUCUGAAGAGGAGAAGCAGGAUUCUCCAGAAAAGCACUGUAACGUGUUACUGUCCGAAGAGGCCAAACUGAAGGAGAAAUAUCCGAAGCUGGGCCCGAAACCCGGCGGCUCGGACUUUCUGAUGAAGAGACUCCAGAAAGGACAAAAAUACUUUGACUCUGGUGAUUAUAACAUGGCGAAGGCCAAGAUGAAGAGCAAGCACGUGGUGACGGCCGGAGCGGAUCAGAACCUGGUGACAGGAGACCAUAUCCCCACACCGCAGGACCUUCCUCAGAGGAAAGCCACGCCGCUCGCCAGCAAACUGGCCGGAUAGACACACACACACACAGAGAGCUAGUGCGGUUGUUCUCUAGAGGAGAGCAGGUAGGGCUGGGUGGUAUGACUCCAGGAAUGAUGAAACAUGACGAGCUUGAGCGUGCCGGAGCGCUCCGGACACACACACACAGAGCAGAGCCGUUGCUAGGCAACAUCAGAACUCAAACCUGCAGUCAGCAUUUAGUGGAACUCUCAAUAAUACGAAUACAUUUCACAAAUAAUCACAGACCAGUAACACACUGAAUUAAACACGAGCCUUUGAAGAACACUGAAACAAGUCUUUCUGCUUCAAAAUGUCGUGUUUAAUGAAACAUGUUAGAAUAUAAAACACUGAAAUAAUAUUUUCUUGUAACAUUUAUUAUAUUAACUUCAAAAACAUUUUUUUUUUUUUUUACUUUUUUUUUUUUACAGUGUAUUGCUUUUUG